AUGGACAGCUGGCGGUCAGAACUACUGCGGAGGGACUUCGAAGAGAAGGUCCUCCCGCGCUUCGUGCGGCUCAUCGUGUCCGAUGUCCAGGAGCAGUCGUCAAGCACAGAUCUUGUGAAGAGCAUGAUGGAGGAGCUCGGCUCCAUCUUCCGAGAGCGCCUCUCUGCACUGUUGUCAGCCCCGAACGCCGCUGCGGCAAUGGCCGCGGCGAAGGCUGCAAAGGCAGCGUGA